ACUUGUUAUGGGUGCUGCAGCGGUGUGACACUUCCAUUUAAUAGUUUAAACAAUCUGCUUUAAACACCAGCAAUUAGAAUUGUGUAUUGGAUCGGAGAAGCAACAUCCAUUAUUAUUAGGCAAUGUCUUGUUAAGAGAAACUUCUUACAAGUCUAAAGAUGAGGCUACUGAAAAUGACUCUGGCUAGAAUUGUUAUCUGUGCCACUCUGGGUCUUUUCUUGAUUACUUAUGUGGCGAAGUGGAAGAUAUCAAACAAUGACAAGACCGAAAAAAUCGGCGCACUGGAGAAAGAACAUGACAAGGAACAAGCUGUUGAAAAAAUCUAUGACAUGUUGUUGGCCUUCCAAGAAAAGCAAAAUCAAAUGCAGAAGAUGAUAGAGAAGUUGCAUGAAAACAGAGAAGAAAAGAAAACUGAGAUGAAAAAAGGAGAUGAUCAUUCCCUGCUUUUUCCAGACUCUUUUCUGUUUAAAUCUUGGGGUAAAAAUCUUACCCAUGAUGAGCAGCGUGAGGCACAGAAUUCCUAUGAACGAUAUGGAUACAAUGCUUACCUGAGCGACCGGCUCCCAAUUAACCGACCUCUACCAGACACCCGCGAUCCCAGGUGUGCUAAGAAGGUGUAUCCGGAGCAGCUCCCGUCACUCAGCGUUAUUCUGAUCUUCCUGAACGAGGCUCUGUCGAUUUUAAAGAGAGCCAUACACAGCAUCAUUCACAGAACGCCUGCUCACCUGCUCAAGGAGAUUAUACUGGUGGAUGAUCACAGCACUUUCGAGGACCUAAAAGAGAGUCUUGAUUUCUACGUUGCCACCACACAGAAGCAGCAUCCUCAGCUGAAAAUCGUCCGGGUGAGACACGAUCGACAAAAGGGCCUCGCCCAAGCUCGCGUCUCUGGUUGGCACGCCGCUACUGGUGAUGUUGUGGCCAUUUUGGAUGCACAUAUAGAGGUCCAUGUGAUGUGGGCAGAGCCAAUGCUGGCACGGAUCAAGGCAGACAGAACAGUCGUCGUCUCUCCUGUGUUUGACCGAGUCAAUUAUUACAACCUAGAAGUGGUUCGAUACGCUCCUGCUGCUCAUGCCUUUGACUGGGCGCUGUGGUGUAUGUACGAGGGUUUCAAUAAUGAGUGGUACAAACUGAAUGAUCCUUCAAGUCCUGGAAAGUCUCCGUCUGUUAUGGGAAUCCUGGUUGCCGACAGAGCUUUUCUAGGUGAGAUUGGCAGCCUGGACGGAGACAUGGAGGUUUACGGUGGAGAAAACGUAGAGCUUGGUAUCCGGGUAUGGACGUGUGGUGGGAGCAUCGAGAUAGUGCCGUGCUCCAAGAUCGCUCACAUAGAGAGAGCCCACAAACCAUACAUGCCUGACCUGAGCAUAGCCAUGAAGAGGAACGCACUGCGGGUGGCUGACAUCUGGAUGGAUGAGUACAAGCAUCAUGUUAACAUAGCCUGGAACCUUCCCCUUAAAGGUCAUGGCAUUGAUAUCGGGGACACGUCAGAAAGAAAGAAACUCAGAGAGAAACUAGGGUGUAAACCAUUCAAGUGGUACGUGGAGAAUGUUUAUCCCAAACUAGACAGCUGGACCAACCUGUUGGCCUAUGGAGGAAUGACAAAUCUAGAUGCACAGCUCUGCUUGGACCAAGGUCCAGUACCAGGUCAUAUUCCUGUAGCCUAUGGAUGCCACUAUUACGGUCCUCAGAAUACCUUUUACAGAAAAAGUGGUGAGUUGUACGUUGGUGGGAUCAAAUCUCACAAAUACAAUGACAACAGGUGUCUGGCGGAUUCUGGCACAGGGGAGGUUCCUGGUUUGUAUUCGUGCAAAGAGGCCUUGAAGAACGAUAUGGGCAUUUACUGGGACUUUAAACAGGGUGGUGAACUGCGCAACCGAAAGACAAACAGAUGUGCGGAAAUACACCAUCACACACUUGUUAUAAAGGAGUGCUCAGGACAGCGAUGGGAGAUUCAAAAUGUUAUUAAACCCUUCUGAAAGACUUGCAUUUACUGCCAGUUUCUGUAAGACUGUAACAGGUUGAACAGUUUGUAUUGUAAAUUCCUACAGUUAUUCUAGAGGCAUAUGAGAAUCCUAAACAUAGGUUGUUCAAUAUAAUAAAAAACUUCUCAUGUUUUUAUAAAUGACCUAUUUACUGUAUAAAAUGUCUGUACAACAAAAAAUCCAG